CUGUUUUUUCCUUUCCACACACAGCCGUGAAUCUCCAAGGGGAGAGAGUCGUCGGUCCGGCAAGAGGAACUCCGGCAAGGGUGAACUGGCGGCGACAAGCGGUGAAGAGGUGAAUCGGCGGUGGGCGAGCGCGCGGAGGUGAAUCGGCGGUGGCUUCGCGGACAGGGGCGUCGGAUCGCUGGGAGGUCGAGCAAAGGCAGAGGCAGCAGCGACGGGUUCGGGGCCUGCUGGCGUCGAGCGGACCACCGGGUCUGCAGUAGUGACUGGUCACGGACCGGCGCGGAGGUGCGGGCUACAGGGGACGCCGGGCCAUCGGACGGGCGUAUGGUGGCUCAGGCUCUAGAUCUGGAGCGGUGCUGCGAGCAGGGGCGCUGGGUCGUGCGGCAGUGGCGUCUGCGGAGCUGCGAGCAGAGAUGAAAGGCAGGGGCGCCCUGGCCCGGUGACGCUGCAACAGAGGGCGGAGCGGCCCGGGCGUCGCGGAUCGACACAGCGACGGCUUCGUCGGGCUGCCGGUGUCGUGGCUUGCGCGGGCGGUAGGGACCAGCGCGGCUUCAGCAGAAGACGGCGAAGGAGAUAGGCACUGGAGUAGUAGCAACGAACAGGGCAGGUAACGUCGGGUCGUCGGGGCAGAGCAGAUGCGUGCGGCAGCAGCUCGGACCACCGGCAAAGGGCGUCGCGGGCCAAGAAACUUCAGGUGCAGGCGUAGAUCGGAAGCGGGGCCAUCUGGUGUGGUGGCGUGGUGAGGCGGCGCCGCGGGCGGUCUGAGAUGCGGUCGCUGGACGCCGGGCGCGGCGGUGCUCACAGCUGCGGAGGCGCGACGGAUCGGACGGCGAGGGAGUCCGAGCGGCUUGCGGUUUGAUGGCGUCGGCGCAGCGCGGGCGCGGGUGAAGAGAAGCCGGCGACCGGGACAGCGGAUGGGGGCAGCGAAUGUGGGGAAGAUGAUGAAAGCUUCCCCAACUUUGCCCCUCUCUUCCUCAUUUGCUAAGCCCACUUCUUGUCCCGGCAAUGACGACGCAUUUGCACCAUCCGAAUGCACAACUGGUACUACACUGUCGGAAGAUGAAGAGGAAUCCUUGGAAAAUUCAGUCAGAUCUUGCAACUUGCAAGAGCUCUCAGCACUUCCAUCUUUGGGGAAUAGAACUUUCAUAAUCUCUUCUUUGCAUUUGUGCGACUUCACAUCUAAAAUGAUGGCAUGUGGACAUUUUGAACAAUCUGAAGCAGAAUUGGUAAUUACAAGGGGAUCAUCAACUUUUUCGAAUGCUUCAGCGAGAACACCCACUGAAAUUUCCUGUAAGUUGGGCCUCCGGCAACGUGAAAGAAUAUGAUGAAAUUCUGUAGGUGUUUGCUCAGAAAUCCAACUCUUACCGAGCAAAUCGAAGAGAAAAUGUGGACUGAUGCCAAAAUUCAGGUGAAGCAAACAAACCAAAAGAACCAACUUCAAGACCAACAACGGGUAAUACUCCCUCACAUUUAGGUUCGAAUUUUUGAUCCAUUGUCUGGUAUCAUCCUUAUUGUGAAGAAGGUCCGCAACGGUCCUUGUAACAAACUGAAUGAUGGGCUCCAAGCAAUUUCCCAGGUUGAAACUGAAGCUAGGCUUUGCUAAACCUUCAUGGCAGAUGAGCCAUUCAACUAGAGAAGAUUUCGUUGUAUAAAACUGCCCUUUGGAGCAAGCUAACAAAAUCACAAGUCGUUCCAAGAGAUACAAAAAGCAAAUUGGUGUGAUG